GCCACAUCUUAUCAUGUGCGAGCCAAGAUCAACUGGCAAGACGAAGUAGGUCAGCCGCGCACUCGGUCAAGUGGAUUAUUGACAUUUUGCCGAGGUCAUCAGCACGGUUAUGUCUACUGCGACGUCAAGCUGGAAAACGUGGUUUUCGGGUAAGAAGUUGGAUACAAGCUCGCAGGGCUUUGACAAUAAGAUGCGGUUUUGUACUCCCAAGAACGAACAGCUGCACCGAGCAAUACUGUCCUCAAGAAAUGGCGCACUAUAUUCUUGGCCACGCUCAGCAACUUCGAGCGUCGACCAAGUUUGUUGUGUGGUGCACAGCUGUGUUGGUGUGCUCGAACUGUGUCUACAUGAUGGCGCUGGCUGGCAAAAUUUUGAAGAUGUGGCAGUCGUCCAGGUCCUGCCCAAGCUUGCUUCCCAUGGAAUUUCCUUCGAGGCCAGUGUAACUGCGACAGGAUUGAACGCCGAUCGGCAAGCUCGAUUGCUCAGGUGUUUACACGUGGACCCUGCCCAACGCAGCAGUAUGCAAGACCUCGUCUACCUUCUGCCCGGCACAUCUAUCAAGCGCAGUGGCAUGACCAAAGUGUGUGAGCGAUUGAGUGCGCUCAGCAUCAACGCCCGUGAAGUUGGAAUCGAUGUCAAGGCAGGGAAUGCUGUGGCCUCCCAGGCACUCAAGCUCAACUCGGAUCAUGAUGAAAAAUAAUGAAGAGCGAUUUGAUGCGAGCUAUUUACGACGCCACGGAAGGGAACAUUCAUCAUUUUGCCAUACAGCAUCGAGACCCAGCGCCAGGAACAAACCAAACCAAGCAGGAAGAAGCGAUCAUGAAGACCGUGUGGGUUUUUCGGGCGGAUGAAGCAAAUGGGUUCCAUCGUCGUGGCAGCUGUUCAAGAGAAGAAUCCUGUCGCGGCAGCGAAAGCUGCAGUCGAUGGACUCACACAAGGCGAGACUGUGUAUUUUUAUUUGCUCGACGAUGUACUGGCGCGCCGGUAGAGGGUGGCGUGUACCCAAUUGAAAUCACCAGAAAAACGAAGCUAUACAUGGAAUUCAUGGCGACAAGCAUGCCACUGUUUCAGAGCUCGUUCAAGUUGCUCAAGAUGGAGAACUCGGCUGCGAACUUCUUCAAUUUCGUGGGCAUUCCAUCGUUGAGUAACGACACAAUGUCCAACAUUGCAGGCUUGUUGGACGUAGAGAGCUUUCCCUCGUGAGGGAAAGCUCUGCCACUGAAUUUGAAAAAUUGUCCACAACGAGCUGGAAAACAAAAGCGAGGUCAAGUCCACUCGAGGAGCAGCACUGCGGGAAUUGGAAGCUUUCUUUGCCGUCAAAGAUCCAAUCCGUACGUUUUCCGGGCUCCCUCAGGGGUACUUAUCCUCCGGCGAAGCAGUCUGGACUAGGGAAUCCUCUAGUUUGCUCGAGGCAAGGUCCAAGAUUACCCAGCUACAUCCAGUGUUUGAACUAGUGCGCGCAGGCAGCAACGCGUCACGAGGAGCCGGUGUUUCGCCAGAAAUGCAACAGCCUUCUAGUACGAUCACCGCGCAUACUGUCCAGUGUAUAAAAGGAGUGCAGUCGCAUUAAAGUCGUUUGAAAAAACACAGGAAGGUCGUGGUGAGUGCCGUUGC